UGCUGCAGAGUCACUUCCAAUAGGAGCUCGUUUGUUUGACGUCUCAUCCGAAGGACGGAGCACAAGGAGGUUCAGUGACUUGCUCAGGGUCACACACACGCCGAGCCGGUUGAUUUGAAUCUCCUGGUAUCAAGACCCCUUGUCUUUAACCGUUGGAGCACCAAGUGAAAGCAAAAGUCGGGGAAACAGAAACAUUUCUUGUGAUGUUUUACAUGAGAAUGAAGACAAGAUCCCAAGGACAGAUUUUCCUCAUUGUCUUGAGUUUUCUACCAGCGGCUUCUACAAACAGAGAAACUGUUAUUGGUGCCGCUCAGCCCAUCAUCGCUGAAGCCAGACAACAGACCACCCUGCCCUGCCUCUUAACCCCAGCAGUCAGCACCCUUCACCUGGAAGUGAGAUGGUUCAGAAACAGCUUUGCAAGCCCCGUCCAUUUAUAUAAAGAUCUGAGUGACCAGACAGCGACGCAGGACAGUGGCUAUCACGGGAGGACCAGCCUCUUCGAAUCGGAGCUGGCGAAAGGAAACCUCUCUUUGAUCUUGAAAAAUCUCCGGCCGUCCGACAGCGGCGUCUAUUCCUGCUUCGCCUCUGACGGAACCUGGAGCGCCGAGGCAAAGACGGAACUCGUGAUCAGAGCUGUGGGGACCCAGCCCUCAAUCUCUGUGGACUCUACACAAGGACAGCAGACCCGGCUGGUGUGCAGAUCAGAGGGGUGGAGCCCUGAACCUGAAGUGAUCUGGAGAGACAGGGAUGGAAACGAUGUGACAUCACUGUCCAGCACAACCGUGGAGAGGAACACACAGGGCUACCUCCGGAUCCGCAGUUACAUUGAAGCGGAGACGCAGAGCGAAGGGUUCUCUUGCCUGGUUCGGAUUAAACAGCCACAUCCAGAACCGGAUACGAAACUUCAGUUACCCAGUAGUUUUCUCCCAGGUAUCUCGGGGUGGGUCGUGGCUACCUCAGUGAUAAUCGCUCUUGGUAUUGCAGCCGUCCCUCCUUUACUGAUCCAGUGGAAAGUGAAUGAGAGCUCCUUAUAUCCACCAGAGAGCGAGACCAUCACAGCAGAUACAAUGGAGCCAACGUAUGUUGGGAAGCCUGUCUCUAAAUCAGAUUGUAAGCUGAUCUGCGGUCCAGAUGGAGAGACGCCCAUUGCUAAAUCAGAAUGGAAGCGUAUCUGCAGCUCAGCAGUUGACGUGACUCUGGAUCCCAACACAGCCCACCCUCUCCUCAUCCUCUCCGGGGAUGGGAAACGCGUCCGAUGGGAAGUGGAACAGCAGGACCUCCCCGACAAUCCCGAGAGAUUCGACUGGUGGCGCUCUGUGCUGGGGAAAGAGGGAUUCACCUCCGGGAGGCACUACUGGGAGGUGGAGGUGGGGGAGAACCACCGCUGGAUCUUGGGAGUGUCCCGGGAGUCGAUCCACAGGAAGGGGGUGAUGAGGUGGAGCCCAGGGGAGGGGUACUGGGCCGUGGGGAGAGACGGAGAGCCGUUCCUGGCUCUCACAGAUCCUCCAGCCCCUCUACCAUUGAGACAGGCUCUCAGGAAGGUGGGCGUGUAUCUGGACUAUGAUAAGAAGCAGCUCUCUUUUUACAACACGGAGACCAGAUCUCUUGUCUGCACUUUAUCAGACAACUUCUCGGGCAAACUCUACCCGGUCUUCUUUACUUUAGAUGUGAAAACGGAUCUGGUUAUUGUGCCCCCUGUUAGCACUGUUCAGUAAAACAGCGGAUUCAUGGGGUGAUAAAGAUGUAGUCAAAAGUUUUGCAUCACCUAGAAUUUUAGGAUUGAGACAAUCUUUAAAAAAAAAAGAAAAAAAACUAUAUGAACAUAAUUUAGAUAUUUUAUUUAAUAUGGGCAGCAGUGUGGAGUAGUGGUUAGGGCUCUGAACUCUUGACCGGAGGGUCGUGGUUCAAUCCCAGGUGGGGGACACUGCUGCUGUACCCUUGAACAAGGUACUUUACCUAGAUUGCUCCAGUAAAAACCCAACUGUAUAAAUGGGGAAUUGUAUGUAAAAAAUAAUGUGAUAUCUUGUAACAAUUGUAAGUCGCCCUGGAUAAGGGCGUCUGCUAAGAAAUAAUAAUAAUAAUAAUAACUGCUAAUUCCCUUAUUAAAAAGCAAGACCAGAUUCCCCCCCCCCCCCCCAAAAAAAAAGGGGGCACCAGGGCAAUUCAUCCAUUAAAUAAUGUUGAAAUCGAGACUGGCAAAAAUGAAAUCAAUGAUCAAUCUCUAUUGGUUGAUGGAUCAAAAACAUCCCUAAAAAUGCAUUUUCUUUUUUCCUGUGAAUAUUUUACAUCCAUUGCCAUUUUACCUCCAUUUGUUUUAUUUCUUACAUAACUGUGAAGGUUUUUAAAAUAGUAAUUUGUAAGCAAAAAAAAAAACAUUUAUGUAUUAAUGCUGAACUCUGUUAUAACAUGCCUUCUCUUCUAAUAAAACAGAACAGCUUUCUACCCUGCUUGCAUUUUGUAAGUCUAGUGGUUUUCAAAGUGUCUCAAUGUCUUACAGUGUGGAAAUGAAUGUCCUUCAGAUUACUUUUUCACUGCUAUGUGGUGGACAGUAAUUGGGAGGCUUGUUGUUCCAGGGGUUAAA